AUGGAGGAUAAUGACUUGUGGUUGAGGCAUCUCUUGAAUCUGUUGACCCAAAUUGCACUAGCUUUAUAUGAAGAGGUCAAGCUGUUGGGGACGUGGCUGCAGGGCGACCGUGCCCUCACCUUCUGCCACCUCCUCGCCCGCAACACCGUCAGGGCCAAGCCAGCCCAACUCGCCUUCGGUACACCGUCAGGGCCAAGCCAGCCCAACUCGCCUUCAGGUUAUGGUCUUGGUGGGUCUUCCAUGGCUCUAUUCGGAAGAGUUGGUGGAGGUAUCUACACCGAGGCUGCUGACGUGGGUGCUGACCUUGUUGGCAAAGUUGAGAGGAACAUUCCUGAAGAUGACCCAAGGAACCCAGCUGUGAUUGCUGAUAACGUCGGUGACAAUGUUGGUGAUAUUGCUGGAAUGGGAUCAGAUCUCUUUGGUUCAUAUGCAAAGUCUUCCUGCGCUGCUCUUGUUGUUGCUUCCAUCUCAUCUUUUGGAAUCAACCAUGAUUUCACUGCGAUGUGCUACCCACUGCUCGUGAGCUCUGCAGGCAUCAUUGUUUGCUUGCUCACCACACUCUUUGCAACUGAUUUCUUUGAGAUUAAGGCUGCAAAUGAAAUUGAGCCUGCUCUGAAGAAGGAGCUCAUCAUCUCCACUGCUCUAAUGACUGUUGGUGUUGCGGUCAUCAGCUGGUUGGCUCUUCCAGCUAAGUUCACCAUCUUCAACUUUGGUGCUCAGAAGGAAGUGUCCAAUUGGGGCCUUUUCUUCUGCGUGGCAGUUGGCCUAUGGGCUGGUCUGAUUAUUGGAUUUGUGACUGAAUACUACACUAGCAACGCCUACAGCCCUGUGCAAGAUGUUGCCGAUUCCUGCAGAACUGGUGCUGCCACCAACGUCAUCUUCGGUCUUGCUCUGGGGUACAAGUGUGUUAUCAUCCCAAUUUUCGCUAUUGCUGUCAGCAUCUACGUCAGCUUCUCCAUUGCUGCAAUGUAUGACAUUGCAAUGGCUUCUCUUGGCAUGCUAAGAACAAUGGCAACUGGUCUUGCCAUUGAUGCUUAUGGUCCCAUUAGUGACAAUGCUGGUGGAAUUGCUGAGAUGGCUGGCAUGAGCCACAGAAUCCAUGAGAGGACUGAUGCUCUUGAUGCUGCUGGCGCCACAUCUGCCCCGUGGAUGGCUGUGGAAAGAAAUUCUUCACGCACAAGCAUCUGCUGCAUCACUGCGAGGUUCACACCUAAACGAUGA